AUGUGCCACUUUCAGGUCUCCUCACACUGCUGGUGGGUUCCAUUUUGUCAUAGGGUGCUGGUGCUGUAUGGCCUCCCAUUGCUGCUGCCAGGCCCGUAAUCUGCCAUGGGCCCCCGUACCGACUCCUCAUGCUGCUGGCCAGGCCCGUAAUCUGUCAUGGGCCCCUGUACCACCUCCUCAUGCUGCUGCCAGGUCCAGAGUGUGUCAUGGGUCCCUGUACGGCCUCCCAUUGCUGCUGUCUCCAUCGCCACACUCUGCCAUGUGCCACUUUCAGGUCUCCUCACACUGCUGGUGGGUUCCAUUUUGUCAUAGGCUGCUGUAUGGCCUCCCAUUGCUGCUGUCAGGCCCGUAAUCUGCC